CUAUGGUCCCGGGGAGACGGAAGUAGUGUACCGUGCGAGUCCACGCCGGGACAGAGGGAGGGUCGAGAUUAAGAAGCAGAGAGGGUCACCUUUAAACGAGACUGUCCUCGCUACGAGUUACAGGAGUGACGGAACGUGUCAUUGCUGUUGUGAUAAACAGUCGGAACUUUAUACAGAAGAAAACGGGCCCGAACUCUGAAACCGCAAGCCAGCUCACAGUAUUCAAAUUUCACCGCUUCGGAAAAAAAUAAAUGCACACAUAACAAAUUAAAUAAUGUUAAAAAGCAACAUUUAAAUUGGUUAACGUUUUUGUGCAUUCGUAACUUUAUAUAAGUUCGGAAAUUCCGAUUCGAUUAAUUCUCGUUCCUGAGGAGCGUGGCGGUUCAGUUCAGUAGUGUACAGUAAGGUUCGGUCGCUGUUCCACGCAACUCUGCUCUGCUGCUGUCCAGUCCUGUUCUGUUCUGUUCUCUGGCCCGGUUCGGCAGAAUUCUCUUCAGCAUGGCAGAGGCGCAGCAGGCUCGGGUCCAGUCUGCCGUGGAAAGCAUGGUUCAGGAUUUGGAACUGAACCACAUCCGCAAGAUGCAGGCGCGCAUGUUCCACUGCAGCGCUGAUUGCUGCGAGCGGCCGGGAGCCUCCAUGCAGCAGGUGCACCAGUGCAUGGAGCGCUGCCACACCCCGCUAGCGCAGGCCCAGGGUGUGGUGACGGGGGAGCUGGAGCGCUUCCAGGACCGGCUGGCUCGCUGCACCAUGCACUGCAACGACAAGGCGAAGGACUCGUUUGACUCGGGUUCAAAGGAGCCGGUGGUGAGAGCUCAGCUGGAGCGCUGUGUCUCUGCCUGCGUGGAUGAACACCUCAACCUGCUGCCCAGCAUGACCCGCAAACUGAGAGACACGCUGGACUCCAUCGGCAAAUAGAGCCAGAACCAGAACCGAUCAGCAGGACCGCACUGAGCACCAGGGCCCGCCGGACUCCUCUAACAAAACCACAAACUGAGGGACUAGAGAUAGCUGCAGCAGCGCUGUACAAUGAGGGCAGGGCUGCUGCGGGCAGGCAGUCAUCACGGCUCUGUUAGGGGUUUAAUGGUUCCUGAUGGUUUUGCUGCCUCUGCCUCCUCUCCAGACUCUGUACCUCAGUGCUGUUACAGUCUGGGGAAACGGAAGCACCUGCCAACUGAGUGCCUGCUAGCACCCCCUCGAUCAGGAUUUGUCAAACUUUCUGACAUUAGCUAUAACAGUAAUAUGAGUGUGUGUUGCAUGUGGCAGGUGUUUUUUACACUGUGAGUGCGUUCGUCUUGUCAGCGAUGCGGUUUCUUCUCAUUUAUGGAAUUCAAUGAGUUUUGUAAUAAAAUAAAAUCAAUAUCUGUGAAACUGAAA